AUGGCAGACAAGUCUCGGAAGCAGGCAUAUGGAUUGGUGGAGAAUAUUCUAGUAAAGGUUGAAAACCUUUACCUCCCUGCGGACUUUGUGAUACUUGAUACGGGAGAGGAUACAGAUGACUCUAUCAUCCUAGGAAGGCCAUUCCUAGCCACUGGAAGAGCCCUGAUUGAUGUUGAGAGACGAGAAUUAUGCCUGAGGAUGCAUGAGGACUAUUUGUUGUUCAAGUUUUACGCCAAUGUUUGGGUAACAUACAAGCAUGUCAGUGGCAUGAACCCGGAGCCGAAGAAUUGGUGCACCAUGGUCAGAUGGCAUAUCAUGGAAUUAAGCCCAGAGAGUGUGAGGGUGGUAUUGCAGUUACCAACAUCUGGAAAGGACCCUCAUUCAUACACUCGUAGGGUCAACACUGACCAACGUUUGGAUCAAGUUCUUGCUGACAUUUGCCUCCUCAGAGCUCAGUAG